GGAGUGUACAACGUUAGAUAGCUUACGUCAUCGCUAUACGAAAUACUGGGACAGCAUUUCUGCUUCCUUAUUCAUCUCCUCAAGUGUACGUGGUUGGCGGUCAGAAUCCAUUUUAAGCUUCUUCUCCCUCACAAGUUGCUCUAGAUCUCCCUGAAUGUUGUGCUUCUGUAAUUCAUCAUAUAUUUGAUCAUUUGUAGGAAAAUCUCCCGGUCUUCUAGGUAAAACGUGUAUAUGGGUAUGAGGAACUGUCUGUCCUGAGUCAACGCCGUCUUGUAUUGAUAAAGUAAGAGCUGUCGAUUUCCAAACAUGCUCUACAACCUUUCCAACACGCUGAGCAGCUUGAAAUAAAUCAGACACUUCCUCCGGAGACAAAGAAGUGAAUCUAUCUACGUUUCUCUGUGGUAUAACCAAAACAUGUCCGGGUACUAUCGGCUUUAAAUUAACGAAUGCAGCUGAUAGUUUACUCCUAUAAAACGUCUGUGAAGUGACGUCGAACUUGUGGAAUAAUUGUUUAUUCAUGGAUGUUGAAAGGCAGGAUAAUUACUCAUUCAAAUAGAAUCUUAAAUAUCUAUACUAUAUUAUACUAUAAUAUUACCUUAUGAAUUUAUCUCUGACUAUAUUACGCCAUCUUUAAGAAAUUCAUCCAAAUCUUCGGUUUUGGUUUAUCGUUAUCUACAGUCAUCAAGUAUACUUUUUAAAAAUACGCCGAAAUAUAUCAAAACGAAUCAUAAAGAUAGUAAUCUAGCACUUCAAUAACAACUUAGUUGAUGGCUGGAUAUAUAUUCCCAUCAUCUCCCAAAGAGAACUCCAACUUGGGGUCAUCUCUGCCGGAAGAUGAUACUAGUGGCAGCUCGGGAAGCCAACAGGGUCAGUCUGAUACAAUGUCAAAACAUCUACCUUCUGGUUCGUCCUCAGAAGAAUUUAUUUAUUCCAGACGUCCUGGCGAUCUCCGCAGUGAAAUGUACUACUCUUCGAAGCAAUCGCACUCAGACUCCACUCCACAAAGAAUAGAGCAAAAUGUAGCCACGGAUGACCCAAAUCUCCCUUUACCUGGAGAGCGCACAGAUAGAAAAAAUUCAGGCCCGUCUCAGUUGGUAGCAACAGGUGAUCCAGUUGAAGAUUAUCCAACUCUCGAAGAGGAGAAACAGCGAGAGGAUGAUGCUGUUAGUAGUGGCGCCAGCAUGUCUGUUGGUGCAGAUUAUGGCGACGACGACAAUAAAUCAUCUUUAUCAUCUUCCCAUUAUAAGUAUCGCACAAGCACAGCUGCAGAAGCAAUGCAGACACAUAUCGAAACAAGUCGUAAAAAAGCCCAGCAAGAAGAUACUGAUGAUGACGCCAGCACAGCAAAACAAACUUCUAGUCAAAUCACUAGUGAAACCACUUUACCUAAGUACCCUGCUUUCUCUCUUAAAGAGACUAGCGAUGGAUUUUAUAUGCAAGUUGGACAAGAUAAAUUACAACGUUGCGAAGACGAGCCCAUUGCGACACCCGGAACAAUACAGAAUUUCGGAUGUUUGUUAGUUAUCGAACAUGAUGAUAGCAAUGUAAGGGUCGUGCAAGCAUCAGAAAAUGUUAAUAAGCACCUUGGUGGCUUAUCUGUACGCGAUUUAUUCCAACUUGAUAGCUUUAUGGAGGUGUUGCAAGAUGAUGGAGCAGGAAAACUCUACGAUGUACUCUAUGAGUUAGAUGAAGAAACUGAUUUACUACAUACAUUUCCCUUGUCGGGUAGAGGAAAGAAAGGUGAUGGAUGGUAUUGUUGGUGCACUGCUCAUCUAGCGAAUAACACAGCACCUGUAAAUGAUAUAAACAACGAAAUAGGUAAUUUCUCCUCUGGAAGUAAAAAACCAAGGAUAAUAUUAGAGUUCGAACCCAUUCAUGAUCCAGCAGCAAAAGAACAAAUAAGUACAACAUCAGUACCCAGAAUAUACGAAGAUAUUCAUCCACUCUAUCCAAUAAAUUUAAUUAAAGAAGAGUGUAAGUCAAGUGGAGACACAGUCAAGAAUAUGAGCGACAUAUCAAAGACUAUAACAAAUACGGAUAGCACCAAUGAGACUGCCAAGCCUGUAGAUAACGCUCAAGGAAUCACAACUAUUAAAUCUGCUGACAAAGACGAAACGAAUGAAGAUUACAACGAUGAACCUUAUUGGUCGCUCGGUCAAGAUGGCUUCGCUACUCUCCACGAGAUCAGACGCUCAACGAUUAGCAAGUCUCGUCCACUUAGAGUUCUCCAACGAUCAGCUAGAACACAGAAGGCGUUCGAUACGAAGUUACAGGAAGAGAGAAACAAACUAGAAAAUUCAGGAGAACUCGAAAACACAAUAAAGAAAGAGGAGCUCAACAGAAACCACUUACAAGCAAAAAUUAGACGCCAUAUUAACAAUCCUGACGGUAUUAGUUCAUUGGACGUUAUCACACUCUGUCAAGAUAUCGACGCGCAGUUGUCAGAAGCAGCGGAAAAAUCCGUCGAAGAUCUUUAUGAUGUUAUAGUCGGAAUUGCUAAGGAUAUCACUAGUUUUGAUCGUGCGUUACUGUAUAAGUUUGACAGUGAAGCCAAUGGCGUUGUCGUAAGUGAAUUGAUGAAUUGGCAGUGUUGCAAAGAGAUAUUUCAUGGUUUACAUUUUCCUGCUUCUGAUAUUCCAGCUCAAGCAAGAAAACUCUACGUAGACACUAAAGUCAGGCAGCUCUAUGAUCGUGACGCACCGACAAGUCAAGUCGUAGUUAGGGACAAGGAAGAUUUGAAGUAUCCGUUAGAUAUGAGCGGUUGCUCCCUUAGAGCUAUGUCUCCUAUUCAUAUCAAAUACCUCAAAAAUAUGAACGUCAGAUCGUCAUUAUCAAUUAGUAUCAUUACGCAAACUUCUAAGGGAAAAUCGCUAUACGGCUUGGUCUCAUGUCAUUCCUUUGAAUCAGAGAUGCGGGUUUCAUUUCCACAGAUACAGAUGUUAAAGAUGUUUUCUGAUAUUGCUUCUCGUAAUAUCGAUACAGCAAUAUAUAAAAGCCGUUUAAGAGGUCGUGAAUUAAUGUUGAAACCAACAGACAUGGGAAGCGGAAGUAUAUUAUCAGAUUCUAAUAUCGAUUUGCUUCGGUUGUUCGAUAGUGAUCAUCUGCUUGUUUGCUAUAAUGAUAGAAUGAAAAUAUUCGGCGAUGAGCAACAUCAUGAUAUUAUUAAAUAUGUUGGCCAGUAUCUCCAAAAUAUGAAAUUCAAAGACAUACACUAUACUACAAAAAUGGAUAGAGAUUUCCCUGAAAUGAAGUUAGGUAAAAGUCACCAAUUAUCUGGAUUACUUUAUAUACCACUUGGUAACAGCGAGAAAGAGAGCUCAAAUGAGCAUUUUAUGGCAUUUUUCAGAUAUGGUCAAUUGUCUAAGAUUUCCUGGGCGGGUAAUCCAAGUGAAAAGACGACUGGUAGUGCACCUUUACAACCUCGAUCAAGUUUCAAAAAAUGGACAGAAUCAGUUACAAGUACAUCUAAAGAUUGGCAAUUAGACGAACUAGAAAGUGCUUCAGUUUUAUCUACUGUUUAUUCAAAGAUCUUGGGACAAAAUCGAAAGAGUACAAAAUCGAAAAUUUCAGACUUGCUCAUGUCUAAUGUAGAUAAAGACUUCGAGCAUGAGUUGAGAACACCAUUACACCACUUCUGUAGUUACUUAGAUAUGGCACUAGAGAAAAAGGGUGGUGUAUUUGAUAAAGAAACACGUAAACAUCUCAAGAAAUCAAAAUCGAGUGCUCAAAGUAUGCUUUAUGCUGUUAAUGAUCUAAUUUCUCUCACCACUCAAUCGGAAGAGGUUGCUGCUUUGAAGGCACCAUUGAAUUUCGUUUCUGAUUUACUCAGUUGUGUUGAAAGCUUUAAACAAGAGCUCAUCAGUAGAAAAAUAUCUAUAGAAGUUGAUACCGCUGAAAUGAACCAUCCAUUCAUCGUUUCAGAUUCCAGGAAGAUUAGAUUGAUUAUCAAAAAUUUACUGGAAAAUGCUAUAAAAUACAAUCACGAGAAGGGUAAAGUUUUCAUCAAGGCAUCUUCGCUUUCAGAAAAUAGUUCUGAUCCAGAGGGAACUUCGGCUAUUGUCUUGAAAAUUGAAGAUACAGGUUCUGGUAUUUCUCAACGUAGGUUACAAGAUAUGUUCGCCAGUUUCGAAAAGUUAGAGAACGUCAGUGGAACGGACAGUGAUUUAACUACUUCGUCUAUUCCAGAAGGCUCUGAUAAUGGAUCAUUUGGUAAAGGUUUGAUUCAAGUUGCAAGAUCUGUAUCACAACUUCAAGCAAAGAUGACCUGUUCUUCCCAUGGAGGCAAAUACACAAGGUGGCAGAUUACACUACCUCUUAGCCACGCAAGUGAAAGUGAUAUCGAAGAUCUUAAUGGUACAAAUUCAUUUUCAAUCAGCGAUGAGUCUUCGAGCAAACACACUGGCAAGGCUCCUUCAAUUAUGCAUCGAAACCAGCAACCUCAUGAGGAGAAUAACAGUACAUUGGAUAGCUCACAAGUGGAAGGCGCUAGAGUGAAGGACUAUGCACCUGAUUUAGCACAAGAUAUCAAGGAUAACCUCACUAUAGGAAAGGACACUACGCGACUUAUAGCUUGCGAUGAUGAUCCUAUCAACAAUAGAAUUAUAAAGCGCAGACUGAAGGAUAUAGAUGUUGUCUUAACUGCAAAUGGACAGGAAGCAAUUGAUAAGCUUUUAGAAGGUGAAAAGUUUGAUCUUCUCUUACUGGAUUUAAUGAUGCCAGUUUGUGAUGGACAUGAAUGUGUAAAACGUAUAAGGGAAUAUGAACAAGAAGGUAGAUCAUUUAAGAGUAACAAAGAGAAGAGACGAUUACUCGUCUUUGCAUUCUCAGCAUCUAUCACUCCAACUGAUCUGGACAAGUUGAAAUCUCAAGGUUUUGAUGGGUUUUUCCUCAAACCACUGCAUUUCGCAACUUUGAAUAGCAUCAUUGAAUCCAUUAGCAAUGACGAAGAUUUGGAAAAGUUCAAAUACAAAGAUGGCAAACGCUUCGAGAAAGGUGGAUUGAUUGAUUAAUUUUCUUUAUUAACAUCGCAAGACAAAACACUGCGAUUGUUGCUUUCUAUAAAUUUUUAUUAUUAUAUUUUUGUAUUACGCAUAUAUUAU